GAGGAUGUUUCCUAGUUACAAGGUUAAAGUGACUGGAAUGAACCCCAAGACCAAGUACAUCUUGUUGAUCGACAUCGUCCCGGCUGACGACCACCGGUAUAAAUUCUGUGACAAUAAAUGGAUGGUGGCCGGCAAGGCAGAACCGGCCAUGCCAGGGCGGCUGUACGUGCACCCCGACUCGCCCGCCACGGGAGCACACUGGAUGCGGCAGCUGGUGUCCUUUCAGAAGCUAAAACUCACCAACAACCACCUGGAUCCCUUUGGACAUAUCAAGCAUGGGGACCUGAUCCUGGGGUCAGGCUGGAGCGUGCACGGUGUUACGGGGGGGUCUCGCAAGAAGGACGUGGUGGAUUUUAUGGGGUCGCGGUUGCCGGCGCAGCUGGAGCACAACCGGCUGCUGGGCUCCGUCCCUGCCCGCCGCAAGCACGCAUG